AUGACAGCUGCUGCAAGUGGCAGUGGGAAGGAGGAGGAGCAGGGAAAGCAGGGCGAGGGCUAUAGCUUUUGUGGGGGAGAUUCGAGCUCCGAAACGACUGGGGAUGGACAUGGUAAAAGUCGAGACUCGAGCUCGAAGACGGGUGUCGAAAACUUGAGUGUCGAACGAGAUUACUCACGAAAGGAACGGAGGCGGAACAAUCGAUGGAAGCUAGCAAGUGAGUGCACAUGGCUGCUUUGCCAGGCCGUUUUGUCGAAAAGGCGUAAAGAGGGGUAUCAUGGGACGCCUGACUAG